AUGGCAGAGCAAGCAUACACCGGUAUCCGAGCUGUUCGAGCAUCCAUUCGUGUUCAGCCUCCCUAUGUUCACGUUCAAAUGAUGGCGGCGCUGGUCCUUGUUAACAACAUCAUCAACGCCAUCAGCAUCGGCUUGGCGUCGGGUGUUACCUUCAGCAUGGUCCUCGCAAGUUCUCAUUUGGGCACUUUCGAGAGCAAAGUGCAUGCAGAAGACUUGUCUCACAGUCUCCAAGAUUUGACGGUGAGCAUGAUCUUGUGCAGUGUCGGACCUUUCCUCUAUCAGGCAUUGCUUGAGGUGGCUGUGUGCAUUGCACAGCCAUUCGCCAUUGCUGGCAAAGGGGUUGCCCCUGGACGCAUCCCAACAGAAAAGCUGCUGCACCACUUGGAGAAAGACCUCCGAGACAUUGAGUACAUGAGCAAAAAUCUGCCAUGGUGGGAGCAGGCCUACUUCAAGCCCAAGAACUGA